AUGCCUGGGCCAGGAAAAAUGAGAAAACCUGACAUUAAAUUGGUGAUUUUAGGGGACAUGAACGUAGGUAAAACCUCAUUGUUGCACAGGUACACUGAAAGGUGUUUUAAAGAUACACUGAGCACAGUCGGGGGAGCUUUCUUCUUGAAACAGUGGGGUCCGUACAACAUCUCCAUUUGGGACACAGCAGGUCGAGAGCAGUUUCACGGACUGGGGUCUAUGUAUUGCCGUGGGGCCGCUGCCAUUAUCCUCACGUACGACGUCACCAACUGGCAGAGUCUGGUCGAGCUGGAGGAGCGUUUUCUGGCGCUAACCGACUCUGCCAACAGCGACUGCAUCUUCGCUGUCGCCGGCAACAAGGCCGACCUGACCGACGUGCAAGCGCAGGCCCUGACGCCGGAGGGGGUGGGGCCAGAAGAAGGGGGCGGAGUCGGCAUCACGCCGCACCCGUCCUGCCCCACCCCUCCGGCCUCGCCCACCACCGUUCACAAGCAGGUGAGUCGCGAGGACGCCAUAGCCCUCUACAGCCGAAUCGUACGCUACCGUGCGAUGGACGAGGAGAGCAGCCCCCCGGCGGAGCGGAUGUGCUUCGAGACGAGUGCUAAGACAGGCUACAAUGUGGACACGCUCUUUGAGACGCUGUUUGAGCUGGUGCUCCCGUCGAUUCUCAAGAAACGUUCUGAAAGAGAUUCGCCCACCGUUGACCUCGAUGGAUCGCACGACGAGGUGAAGAGCAAGAAGGCCCAGUGUUGUGUGUAAGGGAAUUCCAGAUUAACCCCAAAUAGCACUCUAAAUGUGAAAUGAUUUGAGUG